GAAUUGUUUCAAACUGCACAACUUUAAUUAUUUGGUGGAGGAUAUGAUAUCUGUGAAUCUGGGUUACCAUAAAAAGAAAAACUUUGAGGCUGUUAUGGUGGAAUUUAUUGCUUGGAAAUACUUGUGUAUUGAUGGUAGAUAAGAGAUUGAUUUGCUGUUUUUAUGUGAUUUGUGCACAUUCUUAUAUGGGCCCUGUUGUAUUUGAUCCAUAUUGCUCCUUGGAUUUGAUAAGGGAUUAUUUAUAAAGUGAUGUCGGGUUAAACGAUUUGGCAAUCUAAACUGCUUUUUAUUGUUUUUUACACUUUCAUACAUUGUGUGUUACUGAUUAUCUUAGAGGUUAUAAAUUCAUUUUGUUGGGUUUUUAAUGGUCUGUGUCCAUUGCAUGAAAUUGCUAUUUAUAUUUCCAUUUCAGGGAGUUCGUUUUCAUAGAGUCAUUAAGGGCUUUAUGGUACAAGGUGGAGAUAUAUCUGCAGGAGAUGGUACUGGAGGAGAAUCAAUUUAUGGAUUGAAAUUUGAAGAUGAAAAUUUUGAGUUGAAGCAUGAAAGGAAAGGGAUGUUGUCUAUGGCGAAUUCUGGGCCUAACACAAAUGGGUCUCAGUUCUUCGUCACCACAACUCGUACUUCUCAUUUAGAUGGAAAACAUGUUGUAUUUGGCAAGGUUGUCAAAGGGAUGGGUGUUGUUCGUUCAAUUGAACAUGUAAGCACUGGUGAAGCUGACUGUCCAACUGUAGAUGUUACUGUUGCGGAUUGUGGAGAAAUUCCUGAAGGAGAAGAUGAUGGGAUCUCUAACUUUUUCAAAGAUGGUGAUAUUUAUCCUGAUUGGCCAGCUGAUCUUGAUGAAAGUCCUAAUGAGCUCUCUUGGUGGGUUAAUGCUGUGGAUUCUGUUAAGUCUUUUGGAAAUGAGCACUACAAGAAACAAGACUACAAGAUGGCUCUUAGAAAGUACAGGAAAGCCCUACGGUAUUUAGAUAUCUGCUGGGAGAAAGAAGGAAUUGAUGAAGAGAAGAGCACAGCAUUGAGAAAGACCAAAUCACAGAUAUUUACUAACAGUUCUGCCUGCAAACUGAAAUUAGGUGAUCUGAAAGGAGCACUGUUGGACACAGAAUUUGCAAUGCGUGAUGGAGACAACAAUGCAAAAGCUUUAUUUCGUCAAGGGCAGGCACACAUGGCUCUUAAUGAUGUUGAUGCUGCGGUUGAAAGCUUCAAGAAAGCAUUGCAGUUGGAGCCAAAUGAUGGUGGAAUAAAGAAAGAGCUUGCUGCUGCCAUGAAGAAGAUAAACAAUAGACGUGAUGAGGAAAGGAGGCGAUACCGUAAGAUGUUUUCCUAGUCAACUGGUAUCGCUGAUGGUUAAAGCGUCAAUUGUCUUGUUUGUACUCUAAUAAGAUAAAACUGGUUCAGGCUUGGUUAGGAGCUCUGAUAUUUUGGAGAAAAUGCCAGGUUUUGGGGACUGCAGUGAGCCUAGGAACCCAGUUAUCAAACUCAAGUGUACAAAUCAGAGGCUUGAACCAAUUUUUCUGUCUGAUUAGAGUUUCCAUACAAGUUUAAUCCGGACUGUAGGGAAUUUAGAUCCAGACUUGUGAGAGAUUUCAACAAUCUUUUCAUUAAAUUUCCUUCAAAAUGGAUACGCAUUACAGUUUUGUCUUGGACUACUCUUAUUGUGGUAAAGUACUUGUUUUGUGGACAGUUUCCCUUUGCUUCCUGAGUAAUUUUAUCAUCCUUUUAAAGAACAGUAAUGGUUUCUGUUAUUGUUGGUCAAAUUCUAAACAUAAACUUGAGGAACCUUU